AUGAGGCCCAAUUUGGCAUCUAAUACUUCGAAAGAGAUAGACAAGUAUUUGACUAUUCAGCAGCCUGAUACAACGAAGGAGGACGGAGCUGAUGAAGGCACUGAAAAAUUAGAUUACCUCCUCUUUAGCAAAUUGUGUGGUAAUUUUGAAUACGAAGAUUGGAUUCUCAAUGUAUUCACGAAUCCUGAUGGAUCUCAGAAUGAGAUUGCAGAUAUCACAGAGAUUGAUUUACUCAAUACCUUGUCAAGGCUUGAUAAGGUCAAAAGAGAAGCAGAGGGUGCGUUAGAUAAGAAAAGGGAGAAAUAAGAUGCAUACUAUUCAAGCAAUCAAUAGAAAAACAGGGAAUAUAUAUUUAGGUAAAGUUGAAGCUUUAUGCCCUUAUGAUCAAAAUCGGAGUUGAAUUCCAAGGAGAAGAAGUGAGCUCUUAACUUAUAAAGAGAACAUUGAGCUACAAAAAUAUCAAGAAAGAAUGGGUAUAAAGCCUCCACCCAUCUCUCAACCUUCACUAAAUCAAAUCCAGGCUCCUACCAUUCCGCUUUCUACUACUCAAACAAGACCAAUUGGAAUACCGAUAAGAACUCCUGCAACUCCUUCGCUCUCAAAGCAAAGGACAUUCGAGUAUAAGACUCCUUCUCAUAUUCCGCAAGGAGCACAUACCCAGCAGCAGCCAGGGGCUGCUGCUGGGAGUCUAGGCUAUUAUCAGACGUCAGGAGGAGUACCAUCAACACCUAAACCGAGACCUGUUGAAUUUCCAGGGAUGUAUUUACCUCCUCCUUCCCAUGCUAGGCCUGCUCCUGCAGUCACUGCUAAACCCUCGAAAAAUAAGAAAGGUCUCUCUAGAUGGUUUGGCUUUGCUUAG